GCCUUCUUCUCCUCAAUGGAGGCCAUGAGAAGAAAGCAGCCCGCUGGUCUAGCCAUAGGCAGUGUGGAUAAGGGUGCCUCCACAAAGAAAGAGGAUCACAAUUCAGCAAGCAACGGCGAGGAGAUGCCAGAUGGUGACAAAGACGUAGCAGCCAGACUGGCCUCCUCACCGGCAGCAGAGGCAAUGCUAAACGGCACUGAACGUGACGAUGCGAGGCACAGGAGCCCAACACAUGGCUCUGCAACAGGCAACAAGACUUUACUGCUGGUAAAUGAAAAUGGCUCGUCAGACACGGAGCCGCCGCACGCUUCAGUUACUGGAAGCAAUGGAUUUAUUCUCACUAAGCAGCAGAAGGAAGGCGGCUCUGCGGCGUCGCCAGGUUUGGGAGUUUCCCCUCACAGGACUAACUGGUUGCCUUCGGGCUCACCGACAGGGGGACACAUGAACACACCCCUCCAUUCCUCUGCGUCUGGGUGUGCACAGAGUUUAGGUGCACUAAGGACUGACCCCAGCACAGGGACAACACCAGACACUAAAAAUGGCACAGCAUCGCCUCCUGCACCAGCUUCAGCACCGGUCACAAUACACAGAGCACGCAAGACCAUGUCCAGACCUGCUGUCAGCCCGGCACAGAAGCUUCUUAACAGGGAAUUAAGAGAAGCAAAGAGUGCCAAAAUGGAGAAAAUGGAGACUCACGCUGUACCUGAAGCUCAGACAUCGUCACAGCAGUCCUCCGCUCAGAACCAUCUACCUCAGACUCCAUCGGAUAUGCCGGCUUCAGCACAAACAGCCUCAGCAUCUUCACCAGCGCCUCCUCCACCUGUGGCUCCUCCAGCUCCUCCGACAGAACCCGCAGCACCUGUGGCUCCUGAAGCUCCUGCAACACAUGUGGCCUCUGAAGCUCCUGCCGCACAUGUGGCUCCUCCUGCUCCUCCAGCUCCAGCCAAACUCCAUUUAGGCUCCUACUCAGGAGGGUUUUCAUCCCGGAAGAAGAAGAGGAGGAUGGGGACGUAUAGUCUGGUUCCCAAGAAGAAAACCAAAGUGCUCAAGCAGAGAACUGUCCUGGAAAUGUUUAAAGAUCUUCAACAGUCUGCCAAGAGUCCGCAGACUAAAGAAGUAGCAAACAUAAAUGGGGAGAAGGUUGAAAAUGCAUCUGAAGAAGAAGAGUCCGAGGAGGUGGAGUCUGAGGAAGAGGAGCGACAGCCGCCAGCAGAAGAACCUGUCAGUGCUGCCCAGGAAGCAUCAUCUGAACCCAUCUCUCAGAUAUUGGAACAAAGCGUGUUUGGACAUGUCGUGCAAAAGGCUGCUAAUGAACCCGGUUCUGUGUUUGUGGUGGAGGCUGGGGACGAUCAGGAGUCUGAAGAGUCUGGAGAAGAAGAGGGGGAGGAGGAGGGCACAGAGUCCGACUUGAGCACAGAGUCUAGUCUGAAGAAGAAGUUGAAAAAGAAAACAAAAGCAGACAGCGCCUGGCUGAGGCCGUCCAGGAAACGAAAGAGGAGGAUAAAGGCCAAAGAACCAGAAAUGGUGGAUCAGCCUCAGGCUUCAUCUCAUGCCCCGCCAGGCGAUGGGAAGGAGUACACACAGAUUCCCUCGCCCGAGUCUGUCAACCUCAACAAGCCCCAGGAGCCUGCAGUUUCCUCGCAGAACAAAGACAUUUCAAUGUCAGCCAUAGAGGAGGCUCAUGAGCUUCCACUCUGCAGCUGCCGCAUGGAGACGCCCAAAAGUCGAGAGAUUCUUAUCCUGGCAGACAGGAAGUGCAUGGCCACAGAGAGCGUUGAUGGACAGCUGACCCGCUGCCAGAUCGCCGUCCUGAAACAUGAAAUGAUGCGUCCCUCCAACUCUGUACAGCUACUGGUUCUGUGCGAGGACCACCGUAAUGGCAUGGUGAAACACCAGUGCUGCCCCGGCUGUGGCUUCUUCUGCAGGGCCGGGACCUUCAUGGAGUGCCAACCAGACAUCAGCAUCUCUCACCGUUUCCAUCGUGCUUGUGCCUCAAUGCUGAAAGGUCAAAGCUUCUGUCCCCACUGUGGAGAGGAGGCCACUAAGGCCAAGGAGGUCACUAUCGCAAAGGCCGACACCACCUCCACCGUGCCCACUGUGCUCGCACAAGGACCUGCCACGCCUGGGGUCCCAGAGGGCCGAGCUGACACCACAACUGGCAGCUCUUCUCGACUGGCCAUUGGAGCUGAAGUCAGCGGCAGGGCCGACAGCUCGCUUCCCAUUCGUUCUUCACACGGUCUUGACACGUCUGCUGUUCCUGGAUCGUCCAGGAACGCAAUACUGCAGGCUGGGACAGGCACAACAGAGCCACCUUCAGUUCAUCAAGGACAUCCUAGAGAGACUCUAGAGAGCAUCCUAGUAGCUUUGGACACUGAGAAGCCCAAAAAGCUGCGAUUUCAUCCCAAACAACUUUACCUCUCAGCCAAAUCGGGAGAACUCAAAAAGGUCUUCCUCAUGUUAGUGGAUGGCAUCGACCCAAACUUUAAAAUGGAGUCUCAGAACAAACGCACUCCGCUCCACGCUGCAGCUGAGGGAGGAUACAAAGACAUCUGCCACAUGCUUGUACAAGCUGGUGCAAACUUGGACAUGUGUGAUGAAGAUCAACGAACGCCACUGAUGGAGGCCUGUGAGAACAACCACAUGGAGACCGUCUUGUACCUGCUGAGAGCUGGAGCCAGCGCCACGCACAAGGAUGUUGAAGGGUUCACGUGUCUCCACCUAGCGGCGAAGUCUGGCCAUUACAACAUUGUGGAACAUCUUCUGUCCACAGGAUUGAUCAACAUUAACUGCCAGGAUGACGGAGGCUGGACAGCCAUGAUCUGGGCGACAGAGUACAAGCAUGUGGACCAGGUGAAGCUGCUUCUGUCCAAAGGAGCUGACAUCAGCAUCAGGGACAAGGAGGAGAACAUCUGCCUUCACUGGGCAGCGUUCUCGGGCAGUGUGGACAUCUCAGAGCUGCUACUGAACGCCCACUGUGAUCUGCAGGCUGUCAACAUCCACGGUGACUCUCCUUUACACAUCGCUGCAAGAGAAAAUCGUCUGGACUGUGUCACGCUUUUUCUCACUCGAGGAGCAGAUGUCUUUCUGAAGAACCGCGAGGGAGAAACUCCUCCAGACUGCUGUAGCCAUAACUCAAAGGCCUGGGCGGCCCUGCAGGCCAACAGAAGGGAGAGGGACGCAAAGAACAGCAGGCUCAGUACAGAGCAAAAUGUCCUUCACAGCGACAUAGCUCUGGGGCAGGAGCGAGUUCCUAUUCCCUGUGUCAACUCUGUCGACAGUGAACCUUAUCCUGACAGCUACAAAUACAUCCCCGAAAACUGUGUCACCUCCCCCAUGAACAUUGACAGGAACAUAACACACUUGCAGUACUGUGUUUGUAAGGAAGACUGUUCGACAAGUAUCUGCAUGUGUGGACAACUCAGUCUGCGAUGCUGGUACGACAAGAGCGGUUGUCUUCUCCCUGAAUUCUGCCGUGAAGAGCCUCCUCUCAUCUUUGAAUGCAACCAUGCAUGCUCCUGUUGGAGGACCUGCAAGAACCGGGUAGUGCAAAAUGGACUCAGGACCAAGCUUCAGCUCUUCAGGACCAGUAAGAAGGGCUGGGGUGUCCGCACACUCCAAGACAUACCACAGGGGACCUUUGUUUGCGAGUAUGUAGGUGAGAUCAUCUCCGAAGCAGAGGCAGAAAUGAGGCAGAACGAUGCCUACCUGUUCAGCCUGGAUGAUAAGCCACAAGAUCUAUACUGCAUCGAUGCCCGUUUCUAUGGCAACAUCAGCCGCUUCCUCAAUCACAUGUGCGACCCCAACUUGUUUGCCUGUCGAGUGUUCACAACGCACCAGGACCUUCGUUUCCCACACAUUGCCUUCUUUGCCAGUGAAAGCAUCAUGGCUGGAGAGGAGCUUGGAUUUGACUAUGGCGACCACUUCUGGGAAGUCAAAAGCAAGCUGUUUAGCUGCGAAUGCGGCUCCUCCAAGUGCAAGUACUCGUCAGCAGCCAUGGCGUCGCUGCAGGCGGACAGCACACCCGAGGAACAGCAACAGCCCAGCGCAUCACCUGACACCAGCUCUUCCAACAGUCCCUCCAGUCCCUCCUAAAAGCCCUCCCAACACAAAGCUUCGCUACAUGUACACAUGACUGACGGACACACGGGGAUGCUCAUCUCCCUCCUCCUUGAACUUUGAACUUUUAUCAGUAAACUUGUACUAUAUAUCCACUUCUGAUUACAACCAUGGACCACUGACCUUUGUGAGAACCCAUAAAACACACAGAAACAGAUGCACAAUCAAAUCAUGGAUAUCUCGCUGCUCCUUUAUUCCACCUUGUGUAACUUGAACAGCAGGGGCAGCAAGAGCACACACUUCACAGGGACAAUACGAACAGUCUUUACAUUUCAUAGAUAAAUUUAGUGGGAAGGAAAACUGCGCAUUUUGUCUUUUUUUUUUAACGAUUAAUUGAUAUUGCUAUGGCUUUUCUUAAAGAGUCAUGAUCAAGGAAUUUUAAGAUCGGGAUGAGGGUAUCUUUUGCAAAGACAACCUCAGCAUACAGCUGGGUGUAAUGUGUUGACCUUUGUGAUCAUUAAUCAUCAACCAUUCCAGCAAAACUAGCUGAUAAAUACUGAAUUAUGUUUAUGCCACUUCUUUGAGUCACUUCAUCUUUGUUGCAGUGUUUGAACAGACAUGUCCAACAUUUGCCACCAUAGCUCAUAAAUUGAUUAAUUAACUGAAAUGAUGUGAAAGACAAAGAACCUGAGCAAAAAUUGGACUGUUUGUUUAAUCUGCUACACCAGUGAGUAUAGAUUGUAUGACACAAAGAUGCUGUACCAUUCCUCAAAAAUGAGGUGUUUCGAGUCUGAAUAAAUUGGCUGGUCUUUUUACUAAGCAUGUUUAAGGGGAUUGUCAUGAGUCAGGUAUUUUGCCACAGUUGUUGAAGAAUUGAUUUAACUGAAAUUGAGUUAGAAAACAAACAAGAAAAUGGUGCUGACAAAGGUUUUUACUUUUGUUUUCAUUUUUAUUACUGAAGUGAACAUAGUUUGUAAAAUAAGAGAAUGUUUUAAGUUUUUUAUGUUUAAUUUUAACUCCAGUUUUCUAAUCGUAGUUACUGUAGUUAGGCUGUUUUUAAUUUUGUUUCAUGAAUUUGCCGACAGAAGCCAACCCGUCUUUUUAAAUGUUGUUAGUAAAGCAGUGACUGUUGUGCAAAGUCUUGAAAGGUAUAAAUGAAAAAAAAAAAAGGUUAUAAAAAUGCACUUCCAUUCUGUUCUGUUACAUAUUUCUGGAUCGUGAACCAUCCAUCUAAUUGGUUGUAUCUUUUUCAAUAAAUUUACUACUAAUGCA